CUGGAGUUUACUCACAACUCUUGCUGCAAAAUGACAGCCUUCAAGGGAAUAUGGACCAGACAAUUCUGGACUUCAAUGGCUGGGGAAUUCUUAGCUGUCUUUUUGUUUCUGGUUAUUAGCUUGGGAUCCACUGCAAGUAUGAAUCCAGGUGGUAACAGCGACACCCACAUUGCCUUCUGCUUUGGACUGAGUAUCGCUAUACUAAUUCACUGCUUUGGACAUAUAUGUGAAGCUUUCCUGAACCCUGCAGUAGCAGUUGCAAUGAUAUGUACGAGGAAGAUUACAGUGGCCAAAGGACUCUUCUAUAUUCUCAUUCAGUGCUUGGGGGCAAUAGCUGCAACUGGAAUAGUGGCCCUUAUUACCCCAGAAGAAAAAUGGCCAGUGGGUGUCACCAAGGAGAACGCCACUAUCUCGCAUGGUCAGGCUCUUCUGGUGGAAACGCUUAUCACUUUUCAGCUGGUCUUCACAAUUUUUGCUUCUUGCGACAAGAAAAGGAAUGAUAUUAAAGUCCCCAUUCCUCUAAUCAUUGGCUUAUCAGUUACCAUUGGACAUCUUUUUGCAAUUCAGUACACUGGUGCCAGCAUGAACCCAGCACGAUCACUAGGAACGAGUCUUGUGUUUAACCAUUGGGAAAGCCAUUGGAUUUACUGGAUUGGUCCAAUGAUGGGUGGUAUCCUUGCUGCUUUUGUCUAUCAAUAUUUAUUCUGCCCAGAUCCUGAAAUCCAGCUCCAGGCUAGCUUUAAGAGACCUCAGAAUCAAGAGGAAUCCGUUCAGUUAACAGUGGUACCUGGAGGAGAAUGUAACAAGCUGGGAUCUAGUGACAUUUGAGAUUUUGCUAUCUAGUAUACUGCCAUCUUUAU